AUAAUGCAUAUGCACCGCAGAUCAUCGCAUUAUAACGAUGAACGCGUUUGAGUUCCUGGGCUCGCUUCCUGGCGGCAGUGUGGAUCGUCUGUACCAAGAUGCGUGGGCGUGCCAAGCUGUGUUCCAGAGCAUGAGUCCCUUGGCCCAGCAGAUCGUCAUGCGACUGCUCUUCACGAACCAAGGGUCGUACAGCCACGACGCCAUCCUCCAAUGGGUCCAAGACCCGGCGCAGGUGAAAAUGACAGCCGCCAUCGAAAAGUUGCGGCAUCUGCGCGUGCUACGAAUGGCGCACGGCACUGCAGAGUACGUGUUGAACCCAGUGUUCCAAGACCAGUUAAAGAAAGCGCUGAGUUCGCUCGGAGGUAGUCCGUGGGAAGCUGGGCGGCACAAACUGCCGUCGGAAAAGCCCAUCGCCGCCGCAGAACUCGAGCAGUACGCGCGGAAGCGGUGGGACGCGGUGCUGCACUUCAUGGUCGGAUCGACGGCGGUGGCCGCGCCGCCCCCGACGGUGAUUGGGAUCCUCGAACACACGGGACUCAUGCAGCCUUCCAAGACGGACGCGCGCGCGCUCCACAUCACGGACACGGGAUACGAGUUUAUGCUCAAGGACAUCCACGCUCAAACGUGGAUCUUUGUCUUGGAAUACAUGAAGGAUAUUGAUCGAAAGGGCAUCUUGUCGGCCGAAGAAAUGCUGCAGUUUUUAUUCCAAAUGAGUUAUUGCCGCAUGAACGAAUACUACGCGGUGGCCGACCUGACGCGCCACCAGCAGCAAUUGCUCGGGGAUUUGGUGGAAUUGGGUUUGCUGUAUCGCAGAGGGGCGAAAGCCACGAGGUUUUACACGACCAGUUUGGCCGUGAAUUUGAUUUUCGGGGGCAUGCUGGGCCAGACGAGGUCGAGCAUCACCAUGUCGCAGGGUCUAGACCACCUCCACCGCCCUUCCAAAUCGCCGCACCUGCCGCCGCCGACUGCCGCCGCCGCGGACGCCCAUUUGCUCAUUGUUGUGGAAACCAACUUCAAGGUGUACGCGUACACGCAGUCUUCGCUGCACAUUGCCAUGCUCAGCGUAUUUGUCGACAUUGUGGCUCGUCUGCCCAACUUGGCGGUGGGGUUUUUAACUCGUGAAAGCAUCCGGUCGGCGCUUUCGAAUGGGAUUUCCGCCGAACAGAUCUACGAUUUCCUCAUGCAGCAUGCCCAUCCCAAAAUGCUUGGGAAUUCUCCCGUGAUCCCAGAGAAUAUUGCCGAUCAAUUGUACCUGUGGCAGCGCGAACGCAACCGCAUCAAGUUUGACGCAGGCGAGCUCGUCGAUGGCUUUGUCACCACCGAGGAUUUCGACGUGGUGUUAAAGUUUGCCCAAGACGUGGGCGUGAUGCUGUGGUAUGACUCGAUCCAUUUGCGCCUUGUCGUGACCAAAGCCGGUGGCGAACGCGUCCGCGAUUUCAUUAAAAACCAUUAAUAUAUCAUUGGUAUAGACUA